AACUGUGGAAACCAAAUUCCGAAAGAGAAAUCAAAAUGCUUCAGCUCGUGGUUGUGGCGUGGCUCUUGAUUUUCACGGCGGAGACGGUCGUGUCUCACCAGGAAUCCGGCGAAUGGAGUUGUGAAUCGGACUCGGAGAUCCAGGUCACAGCCGAUUUCAUACCGGGGAUUAUCACUCUCGAUGGUCACAACGACGACUGGAAGGACAUUGACGGCUCCGAGUUCCCUCUCCGACCUGCACUUGAUCCGGACGCCGAUCACGAGUAUGACGCCGGAAAGAUGACAGUCAAGGCACUACAUGAUGGUCGAGAUAUCUACUUUAUGCUGGAAAUUGAUGGAAAUUACGCUUAUGAUAAAGGUGAAAACAAUAAGUGUCCUUCAGUGGCUCUCAUGUUCCAAAUUGGUGAUCAAGCUACUUAUCACAAUAUGGGUGGUUGUAAAGAAGGGACAGACUCUUGUACCAGCAAGGCUUGCAGAGGCUUCGAGGUUGAUAUUAUGCAUUUCUCCAUUGGAAAUGCUAUUCCAGGACGGCUUUACGGUGGUAAUCCAAUAGACAACGGGGAAGGAAAUGGAGGUGACAGAUUUGGUCAUCUGGUUGACAUUUAUGCCUGGAAUCCACAUUGUCGGUACCUUGAUGGCCUUGGACCCUCAGGAAAUGAUUCUAGCGCACAGAACGAUUGGCAUGGAGCAUGGUGGCACAGCAGCUUCACCACUCUGUCAGGUUAUGUAGAGGAAGACAGCCCUUACACGCCAGAUGGCAAGAAAGGAACUUACUAUUUUGAGUUCUCAAGGCCCUUGAGGACAAUGGACCGUCUCCAACAGGAUGUUCAGUUCAAGCUUGGCUCACCCGCCAAAAUGUCGGUUGCAUUCUGGUACCCAAUGGAAAGCAAACCUUGGCACGGAUCAGGACACUACACGAUCAACUGCGAUUGGACACCGCUAGAUAUCUCCUCGGGCUCUUCUUCGGGUCUCACCGCUUCAACUGUCAAGGGCUCUAGCGAUGGAACUAGCAUUACAGCCAUUGUGUUGUCCAUGAUUUCUCUUGUGUUUUCGGGUUUUAUUGCGUAUAGGCUAUUUAGUCCCAGGGACGUUCCUUUCACACCCAUGGAAAACAAUCUGUAGGAGAAAUAGGUGUACACGGUUAUUAGUCCCUUUGGUCUCAUUGCUGAUUUGGUUUUGGUUCCACGUUGAGAGAGGUUCUUCUUUUUUGGCUUAUAGUUAAAAUGGGUUGAUUUGUUGGUUUGUGUGGCUGUUGCAACCGUAUCGAUCGACUAACAGAGAUUAAUUCUAGAUCCCAUAGAAUUUGAAAGUUCGCCUUAAAAAAACGCUCGAGUGCAU